AUGCAGAGGGCGAGGCAGCACGAGGAGAGGAUGUCGCAGCAGAAGAGGAGGGGGGAGAGGAAACUCCUGGCCUUCUGGACGUGCCUGUCCCACCGGACACGCUGCUUCUUCCGGCCCAGGGGGCGCCCCGCCUUCCAGCGGACCUCCUCCUCCGCAGGCCUCCUCAAGGGCGAGAACAGCCCUGCAGCUGGCUCACAGCAGGGGGGUGGGGGGUCCUGUCUGGAGCUGCAGCUCAGUUACCUGGGGAAGAACCCGUCGAGCUCCACCUGUAUGCAGAGCCGCUCGGGCCCCUGGGCCCUGGAGAACUGCUGGCUCCUCACCAGGACUGGAGUCCUACCUGCGACCUGCGACCUGGCCUGGGCAUGGUGGGGGACUCAUGCUCACCGAAGGCCUGCAAGUGCAGGCCACCUUGGUGGGCUUCCUGGCGGCGGUGGCUGCCGUGCUGCUGGGGGUCCUGACCCGGGGCCGCCUAGACCUGGUCCAGGCCUCGUCGCUCAAUGCCAGCAGCGUCUCCACCGCCUUCAUCACCGCAUCAUCGCUCUAGGGCUGGUUAUGGUCGCCGUGAUCGUGGGGUCCAGGAAGUUGGGUGUCAACUCGGACAACCUGGUCACGUCCAUCGCAGCGAGCCUGGGUGACCUCAUCACCUUGUCACUGCUCGCUGCCAUCAGCAGCUUCCUGUUCCACCACAGAGACCUGUGGUUCCUGCCCCCUGCGGUUGGCCACUACUUCCUGCUCCUCAUACCCCUCUGGGUCUCCGUCCCCCGAUGCUCCCCGCCAAUCAGAGAGGUGCUGCAAUCGGGCCUAGUGGGCAUGGCCCUCAGCAGCAUCGGCGGUCUGAUUCUCGACAGAACAGUGAGUGAUCCCAACUUUGAAGGUAUGGCGAUCUUUACACCAAUGAUCCACGGUAAGCCAGGUUCAUUGUAGGCUAGUGGGUAAUAAAGUGCACAUGGGUUUUUCAGACACUUGGUGUUGCAAUAAAGAGAAAAGGCCUCCCUCAGUCGUAUUGAGCUCCUGGACUUACAAGGAAGAGUGUCAUUUCAUGCUUUUUCGACUUUUCCCUUGGCUUUAGACUUUGAUGCAUGUAGGGCUAUACAUGUUUUAUGCAUACAUAAACAGAGAAAUCAAAGU